AUUGAUAAACAUAACCUAUACAACAAAAUUCUUAAAUCCUUAAAAGAUAGCAGAAAAUAUGUUAAUGAAGUUUAACGAAACACCAGGCUUUCGGAUAAAAUUAAAAUUACUUAAGACAAAACAGGGCUGAUUCAAUGGGCUGUAUAGUAUUCUUGGAAUUGUUGCUUUGUAAAUGAAAUGUUUUUAUUUCAACUCGCAAAUAAUUCGUAUCCUCCAAAAGAAACACAAAAUGACAAAAUUAAAAGGGCUUCCUUUAUUUCGAUUCGAAACAAAUAACAAUUUACCUGCGUUUAGAUGUAUUAGGUAGUGGCACUGCUCCUCAAUAUACUGCCUCACGUAGUGGAACCUGUGGAAUCUUUGCAUUGCCUGGUGGCCGCACCCACUGUCAUGUGCUCCACGCUUUUAAUGGUGCUGUAUGUUGUGGAUCAAGUACAGUUUGAGGCAGAAUUGUAUUACGUCAUCAUUGAGCUAACAAUAACACUACUAGCAUUCAUCAACCUUUUUAUUGUUGGUAGACUAGUAGGAGCCAUUUAUGGAUUGUUUUAUGCUGAUUUAAUAAUUGCAUUCUCAAUGGACUUAUAUUACAUGCGUAAAGAGAGAGGCUUGACCUUUUAAUAUGAAUAUUAAAUUUGUUGUUAUCUUUACUAUUGUAUUAUUUUUAAUAACAGUUCAAGUUUAGGAUGGCUGAUAAGGGCUUCCUGUUGCAACAGCUAUCUGUGAGUUAUUGAUAGUUAAAACGAGCCUUCAGUGUACCACUAUAAUGUGCAAAAGAUUAACGAAAUAUACAUGGACUCUGGUAUAUUGUAUAUUCACUAUGUUAAAUUAUAUAUUUAAAAGAAUAAUGCUGGUGCGGUUGCGAGUGUUAAUGUGGUUCUUGCUAGUAUUUUUAGUUUUAUUCUUCUUACAUCAGAUGAUUCAUUCUGUGGAUGAAACAAGUGUCACAAAAGCAGCUUCUCAGUAUCCUGUGAUACUCUGGUGGACUAUGGAGUUUCCGGGCACUUCAAGCCUUAAACAUUGCCCUAAUAAUGUGCAGUGUCAUGUCUACAGCGAUAAAAAGAAGGACCAACUUUAUGAGGUGGGAGCAUAUCUGUUUUAUGGAACAACUAUAGAUUUUAAAGCACUUCCCUUACCAAGACAGCCAAAAGACAUAAUUUGGGGCUUAUAUCAUGAAGAAUCACCAAGAAAUGUGGAAGAAUUUUUACAUGAAUCGGCACUAAACUUAUUUAAUUUUUCAACUACAUUUAGUAGAUAUAGUAACAUUCCUUUUCCCUUGCAAUAUUUGCAUUCAUUGGAAGAUAUAAAGACCCUAAAGUACUUCGUUAAAACAUCUAAGAAAAAUGAGUUACUAAAGGAGAUUGCUCCUAUAAUGUACUUACAGAGUGAUUGUGAAACAUCAAGCGAAAGAGAUACAUAUGUUAAGGAGCUGAUGAAAUAUAUCAAAAUAGACUCUUACGGAACUUGCCUUAAGAAUAAAGAAAUGCCAGCAAAAUUCCAGAAUGACUACCUAAACAAUUUAGAUGAAGACGAAUUUUUGAGGUUUGUUGCAAGGUACAAAUUUAUUAUAGCUAUAGAGAAUGGUGUAUGUAAUGAUUACAUCACCGAGAAGUUUUGGCGAGCGAUCAAAGUGGGCACAGUCCCCAUAUAUUUUGGUUCACCUACGAUCAAGGAUUGGUUACCAAAUGAAAAGUCGGCGGUACUUCUACAAGAUUAUCCGACUCCAAAGAUCAUGUAUGAGCAUAUCAAGCUGUUGUUGAGUAACGACAGUUUAUAUGAAGCCCAUUUAGAGCAUAAGACCAGACAAUUCAUUAGCAAUGAGAAAGUAUUACUGGAGUACAAUACUAGACCAUACCAAUCGGAUGGCAUCAAAAUUAUUGAUGAAUUUGAGUGCUUCAUUUGUCAGAAAUUACAUGAUAAAAUGAAUGGGAAAAUAGAAGUGAAUGUUGUAAACAAAAGUCACUAUGAUUGUCCCAAACCAAUUUCAGCUUUAACUUUAGACGUAAAUCCUGAGAACAGUUGGGUGUUUUCUUGGGAAAACGCAGGAGAUAAUGCUAAGAAAAUAUACAAAAAUGUUUUUAACGGAGAUUGA